CGGAAACCGCACUUGUGUCCUGAACAAACUCUUCAUGUCAACCAUCGAGCGGCACUCCUUACCCAGACCUACGAACUUCAUGAAUACCCGAUCCCGCGACUCUUCGUUGCCUUACCAGCAACACCUCCACACUUGAGAGACAAAAUAGGGACAGCUAUUCGAAAAAGCAGUUUCAGCCGUUUUUUCCUGUGCGGUGCGAGCGCGGUACUCACACCAUGAUCGAGAGCUCCAAGGUCCGACACGAGGUUCAUCUGGCAAAGCGCGAGGGGUAUGCAACUGUGAAACCCACAGAGUUCUUUAAGGAGUAUGGGUUGUACGUCCUGAUGUUGAUGUACAUGAUCAAGUACGGCACUGCGCCCGCCGGAAUGGUAGUUGCGCCCCUGGCCCAGUUCCAGCUGGUGGAGGGGAUCGAGGAAGUCCACAAGUAUCUUGACUUCACCAACGAAACCUUCAUUCGUCUAUCGACCAUGGAUAAGCUCGAGGCACUGGGGGGAUCGGAUCUGAGGCGACUGAAAUCAUACCUGAGGGCCGCCGACAAGGGUCGCACCUUAGGCAGUUUCUGCCAGAUAGUGACUCAGGAAGGAUAUGUCAAAUGGGUGUACGUGGACCACUACCGCGAAAAUUACCGCGAGUCCGUGAUGCAGAGGUUAUGGAAUGCUGUUGAGGCGAACAAGGGAUCAUUCUCUGAGGAGACUGGCAAGAUCGAGAUUUCGUUGGGAUCAAGCACCCUGGAGCUGAAGAUCUUACUGGGCUGGGAUAUGAUGCUGGAAGACCUACGCAAUCUGGAUGACGCUGUCACAAAGACGAGUGUUCUCCACCUAUGGGUCAAUGGCUCAUACGGGCCAUCCGGCAUGAGACUGUCGCUUCAACGGGCGUCUACAGUCAGUGAAUGUCAAGGGCUUUUCGGACUUUUUCUCGCGCAUGUCUACCUCGUCUUUCUCGUCGACCUCCGUACUCAGAGUAAUACUAGUCGAUUCAAGUCUCUGAUCCCGCAACAAGUCCGUGGCAUCCUUCCAGAUUACAAUACCUGGCGUUGA